ACGCGGAAUUCAUAGCAUUUAACUAGGAUGUCGUUUUCCUACUGCAAGGAGUACGGCAAGGACAAGGUGAUCUUCGUCACCAAGGAGGAUCAUGCCACGGCCAGCACCAUCGAGCUGCCGCCACCGGAACAGCCGGAGGGUGUGAUCACCAAGGACGGCAAGAUCAACUGGAGUUGUCCCUCUGGUGGAAUGGCCACCGGUCCCUGUGGCGUCGACUUCCGCGAGGCCUUCUCCUGCUUCCAGAACAGCACCGCCGAUCCCAAGGGAUCCGACUGCUACGGCUUCACCAAGAUGCGCGACUGCUUCCAGAAGUAUCCCACCGUUUACAACAACGGCGGCGAUGACGACGACGAUGAUGCCAUGGGCGAUGCCUUGGACACGGAUGCUGGGUCUAUUGGCGGCCAGAACGCAGAUCCGCUGGCGGAUGUGGGCAAUCCUGGAGGCGGCGAUGAGGCGGUCCCCCAAAGCAACUCGGUGGUGCCCAAGGCCUAGGUUGGAGAGCGGGUGUCGUAUUCAAAUUACUUAAAGAUAAGAGCUAGGUGUGACUUCGUACAAAAUAAAUAAAGCUUGUCAUAGUUCUGGGCCAUUCGGCUCCAAUCAUA